CCGCGUACCUGGGCAUGCAGGCGGGAUGGGUCUGUGCGAGUCCUCGCUGCCCCAGAUCGGCAGAGCUCUGAGGCCCCGGGAGAAGGAAGCCCUGAAGAACCGUCUGAUCAUCUUCGUGGUGGGGGGCCCAGGCUGCGGGAAAGGGACCCAGUGCAAAAAUAUGGCUGCCAAAUACGGCUUCUGCCACGUGGGGCUGGGCCAGCUGCUGCGGGAGGAGGCUCAGAGGAGCACCCAGCGGGGCCGGCAGAUCCGGAACAUCAUGCAGCAAGGACUCCUGGUGCCCAUGGCUCUCAUUCUGGACAUGGUCAGUGACAACUUGUUGUGUCAUCCUGAAAGCCCAGGCUUCCUCAUCGACGGCUUCCCCAGAGAGCUGGAACAGGCCAAAGAGUUUGAGCGGCUUGUGGGCAGGGACCCCGACAUAGUCAUAGUGUUUGACUGCUCCAUGGAGACCAUGGUGCGGAGAGUGCUACAAAGAGGACGGGUGGAGCACCGGGCAGAUGACUCCGAGCCAGCCAUCCGCAAGCGUCUGGAGACACACUAUACCCUAUGUGAGCCUGUUCUGACCUUCUACCAGCAAAAGAACCUUCUGCGCCAUAUAUUGGCUGAAGGAGCCCCUGAAAACAUUUUUGCCAAGUGCUGUUCAGUCAUUGAGAGUCUGCAGUGAGCCAGGGAGAGGCCAUCCUCUGGCUUUACCCACUUCCCCACAGCACACAGGACCCAGACCUGAGCUUCCUGUCCCUAGUCACCACUACCAGAGUUGUUUCCGACGCCUGGAUAGCAGCAACACACAUCUGCUUUGGAAGCC